AUGAUGGAGAGCUCAGGAGGGCCGUAUCUGAACACAGCAGCAGUGGCAUCCCCGGUGGGAGUAGCCCGUUUGCUGCAGGUGGCAUUUGGAUGUACUACGUUCAGCCUGGUGGCCCAUCAGGGGGGAUUCAGUGCAGCCUAUGGCACCUUCUGCAUGUUCGUCUGGUGUUUCUGUUUUGCUGUCACCAUCUUUAUAAUAACCUGUGAGUUCACUCGUCUCCACAGCUGCCUGAGCAUCUCCUGGGGAAAUUUCACAGCUGCCUUUGCCAUGCUGGCCACACUCAUGUCCAUCACUGCGGCUGUGAUCUACCCGCUCUAUUUUGCCCAGUUUGGCUGUUAUUCCAUCAGUUGCAAGGUGAGAGAUUUCCGCAUAGCAGCCAGUGUCUUUGCAGGGCUCCUGUUCAUUGCUUAUGCUGUGGAGGUGAUUCUAACCAGAGCCAAGCCAGGACAGGUGACCAGCUACAUGGCCACAGUAUCUGGUCUCUUGAAAAUUGUCCAGGCCUUCGUGGCCUGCAUCAUAUUUGGGGCACUGGUAAAUGACAGUCAGUACAGCAAUUAUGUGGCUACACAAUGGUGUGUGGCUGUCUAUAGCUUCUGCUUUGUGGUGACAGUGGUGGUAGUGGCCUUCAAUGUCACAGGAAGGACAGCAAUGCUGUGGUGCCCCUUUGAGCGCUUCGUGGUCAUUUACACAUUCGUGGCCAUCCUCAUGUAUGUGAGUGCAGCAGUGAUCUGGCCGGUGUUCUGCUUUGAUAGUAAGUAUGGGUCCCCAUGGCGCCCCUACCAGUGCUCUCAGGGCAAAUGCCCCUGGGACAGCCAACUGGUGAUUGCUAUAUUUACUUAUGUGAACCUGGUGCUUUACAUUGUGGACUUGGCAUACUCCCAACGCAUCCGCUUUGUCUCACAUCCUUAA